GACACAGCAGCAAACGUCAAUGAAAGUGUGUAUUCACAAGUCUGUGGUGUUUGCGGCGUCUUGUGUACCGCAUGCUUGUAGCUUUAUUUCCGGUCACAUGACAUUAGCUAUUUGCAUAGUGGAGGGGAGAGGUAAUUUCCUUCGAGGUUUCCCACGAUUAUCUAGUCAAAAGAAAAUAAAAUGGUCAAGAACUCACCAUGGAUAUGCUGCAUGCUGUUGCUGACUUUUUUACUGUGUGGACAUGUGUGCAGUCGUCAGUGUGAUCAUCAUCACUUCUGGGAUCCUGUUGAGCAGGCUUGUCAGCCAUGUUCUCAUUGUCCCAAAAACAAAAUAAUUCGCAAGCCAUGUAGCAAACUGAAAGACACUGUCUGUGGACCUUUUCGUGAAUUCAGCUUUUUCAAUCAUUUGGAAGAAACAGAGUCCUCUUUUCCAUCUGUCAAAUAUGAUAGUGACAAUUUUAGUGGAACAGACAGGGAAGGGCGGGCAUUUUCAUCAAAGAACUCUGGUCUUCCUAAUGAACCAAUGAUUGAGAAGGAUGAUGGAGAGUACUGGAAAAAUCUAGCAUUUGCUCUAAUUGGCGUUGUGUGUGUUCUUAUAUUUGUGGCAACAGUGGUGGUGUUGUUGGCAUGUCGUAAGCUACAUGAAAACUCAACCUUUAAAAGACCAGAAGAAGAAGAAGAUGAUGAUUCUGGAUACGUUGUCAUUCGUGCCAUACGCCCAGCACCCACAAGCCACUGCCAGAGGCGGGCAUCACUGUCUCAAGAGUUCUGUCCAUCUCCAGCUGCCAGUGCUCUUUUAACACCAAACCAGUCCCAGGAGUAUAUAACCUCAAGCAAUGGGCACACACAGUAUGAUCUGCAUGUCAAGGGUGCUUACAGACCAAAACGCACACUUCUGAAUUAUGAUGCUGAUGAUGUUUUUGAGUCAGAAGAUAGUGCAGGCUCACGAACAAGUAGAAAAUUUCCAUUACACCCCAUACCUGAGACUGUCACAGACAAUGAGAAUCAAACAUCCAGUGUACUCAGAGUUUAGUGGUUUUUGCAAUUCCCUACUAGAAAGGAAAAUGUUUAUCACUUUCAUUUACAAGAAACGUAUUUAUUAUUUCAUUGAGAUUGGCCUUUUCAUUUGUCAUAAAUGGUUGAAACAUUGUUUGGAAUCCAAGAACAGCACUGAAGCAAGCGGUGGUGGUAAUGUCUUAACGCAACAUGUCAGCCCAUUUUCCUGAAAGACUGCUUUGUCAUUUCUUAGAUCAGGUACAGGACAUAAAAAGCUUGACUGUUGUUACUAACGUCUUACUGCCAUUGACACUUUUCUUGGUUCAGUUUUCCUGCAGAACUGAAGGAAUGGGUGUAUUAACUUAUUUAGUUUCUGUGUUCCACUUUGUGGUUGGAUUGUCUGCUGCCACCAUUUCAAAAGCAGAGGAGGACACACACAAGCCUGAAGAUUUGAUGUGCCUGAAUUGUGCAGUUGUUUGAACCCUGCUGAUAAUGUUAUGCAUACUUUACUCAGCUGAAUUGUCAAGAUCAUUGCUUGACUUUCUUGUUGAGGUAAAUUUGGCCUUUGAUGUUUGUCUCUCCUGUUCUAGAAGUUGCGAAGUUUAAUAUAACUGUUUCAGUUUGUUUUUUUUAAAGCUGGCAAAUUACUUUGCCUCUUUUUAACAAAAAAAUUAUGGGGGAUAAUUGUGAAGAAUAAUUUUGUAGUCAUUGAUCAAAAAGAAAAGGAUAAAACUUGUCUUCCAGAUCCAUAGGUAAUGAGUGUUUUUGUAAAUAAAUAACUGUUUUUAAGAAUGGAAAAUUUCUUUCACUCAAAGUAAGCUAGGAUUAUGAGACACAACUGAGGUUUCUGCCAUUGUAAAUUGUCCUAACAUCACUCGCAUGGUUGGUACUAUAAAAGUUGGAAGCAAAUCUGAAGGCUAAUGUAAAGGUUGUGUUCUGUUGUUUGGAAUGCUUUGGAUAACACUGAAAGCAUCAGCCAUAAAACCAUUAGAGUAAUGUGGUCAGUAAGCUUACAUUCUGCAAAAAUAAUGGCUUUAGAAUUGUGUUUCAUGUGCUUAAAACAAAGUCACAAGCAUGCUACAAGGUUACAGCUGUGUAUACUGUUAGUGUAUAGCUUAGCGUGACUAAUCAUUUGUUGUUAAUGCCUUAUUUCUGCAUUAUGUAUGCAGUUGGUGUGUAUUGAGAGUGAAUGUGUCUGAAUUAUGUCAUCUACAUCCUGUAAAUAUCUUGCAUUACAUAAAAUACUGGUUUUUGGCAUUUGCUUGCUAUUGUACAGCUUUAAUGCUGUUCAUGAACGCAGCACUAAUUCUGACUUUAACCUCUGCUGGUAAUUGCUUUACUACUUAUUUAUUGUGAAGACGACCAGUAUCCUAGUUUAUAAAAAGAAUCAUUUUUCCUGAUAGUCUGUUUCAUCGCUGAAAUCUCUCAUCUGCUUCUAGUCUGUGGGUGAAGUGAACAUGAAGGUCUUGAAACAUUGUCAUUCGCCUGUUGGGAGACAAAAAUACUUCAUUGUAAUUUUCAACAAAUAUUUAUAAUAUUUAUGUCUAUCAUUGCUGUGUUGUUUUGAUAUUCAUGCUUCUGUCUGUGUACAGUUGACCAUAAAUUCUCUAGAUAUGCAUUUCAUGUCUCCAACGAAUACAUGCUUAUACCUGCUCAACGAG